CAUAAAAGAGAGGCCAUGAUAACACUCAGCGCACCUCGUUUUCAGGUUGCAACUGAGCCAAGAUGAAGGUUAUUGCUGUUCUUGCGCUUUGGGUGACCCUGUUCUACCAGGGAUGCAGCAACUCCCUGAACUCAUGUCAGGGUCGUUGUGGUUAUGGAACAGACAGCAGUUUCUCUUGUCAGUGUAACCCAUCCUGUGAGCGCUACAACGACUGCUGCUCUGACUACAUCCAGAUAUGUAAAGCUGGAUCCACUUGCAACGGCAGAUGUGGCGAGAACUACAACUCUCAGAACGAGUGCCACUGCAACUCCAAGUGUGUCAGCUACAACAACUGCUGCAGCGACUACACAAAGUUCUGUGACAGUGCUGUGAUCACUGAUGCUGAGAUCAAGGCUCUCUCUGAGAGGCUCUAUGCUCUGGAUUCAAACAGGGCUUCGGCCUCACAGCUGGUCAUUGACCCUCAGGCUCUGGUGUCCAACUCUCAGACCGGCUCCAAGUUAGAUCUCUCCUCUCGACGCUUGUUCCAAUACCUGGAUGAAAAAGCUCUGUUCUCCAGACCCACCUACGCCGCUCUCCUGGCUGUGUUGGACAACUACAACAGGAUGACUGGACAGACAGAGAGUUUUAGUUCUCAGCAGCUGGCUGAGCAGGAAACCUUCCUCAGGGAGACCAUGUCCAAGACUCAAUUGGGCAGAGAGCUGUUUGCUUUCCUCUACAGCAAGGGUGUCUAUGCAUCAGAGCAAAAUUUCAUUCAGGACCUGAAGAUGAUGUGGUUCGGCCUGUACUCUCGCAACAACAGCAAGAUGGACUCCAGCGGCUUCGAGCACAUCUUUGCAGGAGAGAUCAAGGGAGGCAAGGUGUCUGGUUUCCACAACUGGAUCCGGUUUUAUCUUCUGGAGAAAAGCGGAGACCUGAACUACUACAGCCACAGCUUUAAUGGGCCUUGGACCACAUUCCCUGACAUCUUGGGGAUGCAGUUUAUGUGGGAUGGAUACUACAAGCAGGUCGGAUCUGCAAUCAUUGGCUGCAGCCCUGAAUUUGAUUUAGCCUUGUACAGCCUCUGCUACAUCGCUCGCCCUGGCAAACAGUGCUAUCUGAGCCUGGGAGGGAAGGCGCUCAUUAUACAAACUUACACCUGGGAUAACUCUUUCUAUGGCGAUGGGAGGAAGUUCAUUGCCUCUGCCUAUCCUGCAACCCCAAAUUGAAGCUGCCAUCUCCUAAACAACAGGCAACUUCUUAACAAAUAAGUCUGUUUGUGUCUUGUUGCCCAUCAUAAUAGAAAACACUCUGAAAAAUAAUAUUCCUCUUUCAGUUGUUGAUGUCACUCUCAAAAAUGUUUCAAUAAAGCAGCAUUGGAAUAAUCUGAAA